CACUAGGAGGCGCUGCUGCGGCCGCCGCGGCUCCUGGGGCUGUCGCGGGCCAGGGCGGUUGGGCUGGCGGUGGACUCUCGUGGCCAUGGAGUGGGGUUCGGAGUCAGGGGCCGUGAGGCGGCACCGCAUCGGAGGGGAGCAUCGGGACGGCCCAGCGCCGGCGCUGCAACCUGAAAGGGAGGCCGCGGCGCAGGAGUCCCUGGCGGACGCAUGCGGCGGCGGCGGCGCGAGGACGCGGAAGCGGAGCGCGAAGGGAAGCGGUGGCGCGAGCCGGGGCGCGGAGACCGGACUGUCGGAGGGGCGCGCGGCGCUGGGGCUGGCGCUCUACCUGCUCGCGCUGCGGGCGCUCGUGCAGCUCUCCCUGCAGCAGCUCAUGCUGCACAGGGCCGCUGGCCACAGCGGGGAGUUCAACGCGCGCCAAGCCAGGGAUUAUCUUGAACACAUAACAUCCAUUGGCCCCAGGACUACAGGAAGUGUAGAAAAUGAAAUUCUGACAGUGCGUUACCUUUUGGAACAGAUUAAACUAAUUGAAGUUCAAAGUAACAGCCUUCACAAGAUUUCAGUAGAUGUACAACGGCCCACAGGGUCCUUCAGCAUUGACUUCUUGGGAGGGUUUACAAGCUAUUAUGACAACAUCACCAACGUUGUGGUAAAGCUGGAACCCAGAGAUGGAGCCCAGCAUGCUGUCCUGGCUAACUGCCAUUUUGACUCAGUGGCAAACUCACCAGGUGCCAGCGAUGAUGCAGUGAGCUGUUCAGUGAUGCUGGAAGUCCUUCGUGUCCUGUCAAAAUCUUCAGAAGCCUUACAUCAUGCUAUCAUAUUUCUCUUUAAUGGUGCUGAGGAAAAUGUCUUGCAAGCAAGUCAUGGUUUUAUUACUCAACACCCCUGGGCCAGCUUGAUUCGUGCAUUUAUUAACCUGGAGGCAGCAGGUGUAGGAGGGAAAGAACUUGUGUUCCAAACAGGGCCUGAAAAUCCUUGGUUGGUCCAAGCUUAUGUUUCAUCAGCUAAACAUCCUUUUGCUUCUGUGGUGGCUCAGGAGGUUUUCCAGAGUGGAAUCAUUCCUUCAGAUACUGACUUCCGUAUUUACAGAGAUUUUGGGAACAUUCCAGGAAUAGACUUAGCUUUUAUUGAGAAUGGAUACAUUUAUCAUACCAAGUAUGACACUGCAGACAGAAUUCUAACAGAUUCCAUUCAGAGAGCAGGUGACAACAUUUUAGCAGUUCUUAAAUAUCUAGCUACGUCUGAUAUGUUGGCCUCUUCUUCUGAGUAUCAGCAUGGAAACAUGGUCUUCUUUGAUGUGCUUGGCCUGUUUGUCAUUGCUUACCCCUCUCGGGUUGGUUCAAUAAUUAACUACAUGGUGGUAAUGGCUGUUGUUUUAUACCUGGGAAGGAAAUUGUUGCAUCCCAAACAUAAAACUGCUACCUACACAAAGGACUUCUUCUGUGGCCUUGGCAUCACUUUGAUAAGCUGGUUCACUAGUUUGGUUACUGUUCUGAUUAUAGCAGUCUUCAUCUCUCUUAUUGGACAGUCUCUCUCAUGGUAUAAUCACUUCUAUGUCUCCGUUUGUCUGUAUGGAACUGCAGCUGUAGCCAAAAUAAUAUUCAUCCACAGCCUCGCAAAAAAAUUUUAUUUUGUGAAUGCAAGUGACCAGUACCUGGGAGAUGUAUUUUUUGAUGUCUCACUGCUAGUGCAUUGUGGGUUCCUAACAGCUCUCACUUACCGAGGGCUCUGCUCAGCAUUUAUUAGUGCUGUCUGGGUGGCAUUACCAUUGCUUACAAAGCUUUGUAUGCACAAGGACUUGAAGCAGUAUGGUGCUGGAGGAAAAUUCAUUACCUUUUACCUCUUGGGGAUGUUUAUUCCUUAUCUCUAUGCAUUGUACCUCAUCUGGGCCGUAUUUGAGAUGUUUACUCCUAUCCUUGGGAGGAGUGGUUCAGAAAUUCCACCUGAUGUUGUGCUGGCUUCUAUUUUGGCUGGUUGUACAAUGAUUCUCUCAUCCUAUUUCAUUAACUUCAUCUACCUUGCCAAAAGCACAAAAAGAACCAUGCUAACUUUAACUUUGGUAUGUACAGUUACAUUCCUCCUUGUUUGCAGUGGAACUUUUUUCCCAUACAGUUCCAACCCUUCCAGUCCGAAGCCAAAGAGAGUGUUUCUUCAGCAUGUGACUAGAACAUUUCAUGGCUUGGAUGGACAUGUAGUUAAACGGGACUCUGGAAUUUGGAUCAAUGGGUUUGAUUAUACUGGAAUGUCUCACAUAACACCUCACAUUCCCGAGAUCAACGAUAGCACCCGAGCUCACUGUGAGGAGAACGCACCACUCUGUGGUUUCCCGUGGUAUCUUCCAGUGCACUUUCUCAUCAGGAAAAACUGGUAUCUUCCUGCCCCAGAAGUUUCUCCAAGAGAUCCUGCUCAUUUUAGACUCGUAUCCAAAGAACAGACACCCUGGGAUUCUAUAAAGCUGACCUUUGAAGCAACAGGACCAAGCCAUAUGUCAUUCUAUGUUCGAACCCACAAAGGGUCUACACUUUCUCAGUGGUCUCUAGGCAAUGGCACCCCAGUCACAAGCAAAGGAGGAGACUACUUUGUAUUUUAUUCCCAUGGACUCCAGGCCUCUGCGUGGCAGUUCUGGAUAGAAGUACAGGUUUUGGAAGAACAACCUGAAGGAAUGGUUACUGUGGCCAUUGCUGCCCACUAUUUUUCUGGGGAAGACAAGAGGUCCUCCCAGCUGGAUGCUUUGAAAGAGAAGUUCCCAGAUUGGACAUUUCCCUCGGCUUGGGUGUGCACCUACAAUCUCUUUGUGUUUUAAUCUUGUGGAUGAGCCCAGUGAAAAUGCACCAUGUGGCAUGGUUUCUCCUGAUGUCACAUGGAUGAAUUUUAGUAAGUCAAUGAAUUUUAAUGCGCAUACGUUCAAAGAGUUUUGUGGGGCUAACACUCUUCAGGGCCAAGCACUGUAAUGGUUAUGCUGUGGGGUAGUGUGCAUGGCCCUUUUGACACUUGAAAAUAACAGUUUUCCGGCACUUAAGCACAUGUGGGUACUGCCACUACACACAUGUCAUUUUAUAUGACCUUAAGGGCAAAAGCCAACAAACCACUUUAAUAGAUAUCACCUUGGGAUCAUGAAUGAUAUAGAAGGUACUGUAAAUCCAUUGUUAAUGAGACAAGUAACAUUUCCAAUUAAAGCCCCAGACCAUUUGUUGUGUCAGUGGAUGGUAGGUAAGAUACCAUUCGCAGGGAUAAUGAUUCCCCUUGAGAUCUAACUCUGUCUCGUUAGAAAGCAGUUGUGACAAGGACUGAGGAAGAACCAUCGGGCUUUUGAGGCCCCAGCCUGUGCUAAAAGCUGUGCUACUGUAGGCACCCUCUGCAGUGUGCUUUGCAUCUCCGAAGCCUCAGUCCCCUGAUGUGAAGACCUGUGUUGGGUUGGUGACAAGUGGUACUGAGAUCCAACAUUGUAACAUUUUUUUGAGGUUGUUUUCAAUGCCUGUUUCCUUCUGAACCAUAUCCAUUCCCUCUCCACAUGCACCAAUGUGAGAAGAGCAUUUGUCUAGUUAUACUUCCUUCGGGUUUCACAGGUUUUUUUGGUUUUCAGGUAUUGUUUGUGCAAGUAUAUGACCUUAAUUUCCUUCCUCAGAGCACUGAGAUGCCAUGGUGGCUAUUCUGGGGUGGAAGGAGCAUUGGGUUGGGAGUGGCUGGGCAUUUUAUAUUUAUUCUCUUCAUUUUUUAGGAAUGUUCUGUUAUCCAAGCUCAAUCCUUUAGGGCAUAAUUUUAUUGAUGCACUGGGUCCUUUAUUUUUGUCUGUUUUCCAGCCAGUUGAACAGAUUAGUUUCUCUGUAAACUUACUGUGUCCAGCGGAGCUGGCCUUCUUGAGACUUGAGUUGUGGCUCUGGAAUGUCUUUCUGUAAAGGUCCAUAGACUUGUUCAGAUCCUGCACAGUGGCAGCCCUAGGACUUGGAGCUAAUUUCCGUGUUGAAGAAGAUGGCUGUGAGUUUGUGAGGCUUUUCUCAUGGCUUCCUGUCUCCAGCAGUGGAGAGUUUGAUGAGAAUAGAACCUUUCUUUUUUCCAUUAAAAAUGUAAAAAGUAGGACAGUUUUUUAGUUUAGCAAGCAUAAGCCAAGCAACAUUUUAAACAAAGUCCAUAGUAAAACAAAAAGGUGGGACUCAGAUCUGCCUAAACAGAAAGAGCACAAUCAGCUUGCGUCAUAGAAGGAAAUACCAUGUGAAGUUGCUUGUGUGAUGUAUACCGGGUACCUUGUGAAUCAUGCUCCUCAUAUUGCCUGCCCAAUCUGUGAUUUAGUAAAAACUGAGUCCACACAGACCAGACAGCAGGGCUGCAGCCAGAGCUUCAGCUCUGAUAAUUUGCUGUCUCAUGUGUGGACACAGGAGCCAUUGCUUUUCCUGGACUUGGUAGGAAGCAUAUACAGUUGACACUUGAAUGACAUGGUGUUUAGCGGUGCCAACCUGCACAAUUGAAAGUCUGUGUAUAACUAACUUUAUGGUCAGACCUCUGUAUCCAAGGUUCCUUAUCUGUGGAUUCAACCAACCACAGCCUGUAUAGUACUGUAAUACUUGUUUAAUGAAAAAAUCUGUGUAUAAGUGGAUCUGCACAGUUCAUAUCCAUGUUGCUCAAGGGUUGGUUGUGUCACUAGCUUCAAGUGUCCGGCGGUACACAUAAGGUUUACAGUGUUUGUAGCUUUUAUAGUAGUCAAAAUUGUGGAGAAAAACUAUUAUCUAAAUGAAUUCAAAAACAGGCAUAUUUCUGUUUGUGGGGUUAAUCUGAAAUACAUCAUUGGAAAUUAUUUAAAGGAAAAAAAAAAACAAAAUCCCAAGUGUUGAGGAAAGACACUCUAUGAGAAAAUAGUUCCCUGUAAUUUUUUUUUCCUCUGGGAAGGAUGUUGUUACUCAUUUUCAGUAAUAAUCAUGGUUUUCUUCUUGCCUUUGGGUUAUUUUCCUGUGUUAACAGUUCUCCCUCAUUUUGGUUUUCUUCAACAUUAUAAAGCUCUGAUAUUUUAUACUGUCUGCAACAAUUUGCUCACUAGUGUGAGAGCAGCUUGAUAUUCUGGGAGACUGUUGUAAUACCAAAACAAUAUUCAUGGCUCUGUUAAUAAGUACAUUGUCAGAUCAGUCGUCUCUGAAGUUAGAAGCUGUUCGUUUUCCGAGUAUAUGAUUAUUUGAAUAACUAAUUUCUAAAAGGGUCUUUUCAAAUUCCAACAAAUGCAUUAUUUCCUACAGAACUUAAAAUGUACAUAAGCACAGUACACUGCACAUUCAGGGAAAGCAUGAAGGACUGUGAUUUUGAAGAAAUUCUUAAAAUUUAUAUUGUGUCUGACCUAAAAAUGACAGGAUUCCUAAAAUAUCACCACUGAGGGAACCAGAGGCCAGCCUACUGACUCAGGAAGCUGUAGGAAGAAUGACUGUCCAUUUCUUUUUCACUGGUUCCCUGAGGAUUAAUUGUUGCCUUACAAUGUUACUGAAAUAAACUUUUUAAAAUACUAGUAUCUUUAACAGAGAAACAGAUCUUCAUUUUUUGUUCUGAAUCCCAUAUGUGAAGGGGUAUUUUAUGUCUAUAGCGCCUUUUAAAGCUUUUCUUUUAAAAAACUGCUGUUAAAAGAUCUAUGUGGUUCACAUGGGUAUAACUGCCAUUUUAAUGGGUCAUGUGAGCACAAAACUCAACAUAGCUUCAACUGGAAUCCAUUUACUGUGGAAUAAAAUCGUGCAUCUGAAUUUCACAGGAAUUAAUGGCCUAUCUGUCAGAUAAUGAGCUUCAGCAUAUUUAUCAUGUCCACUGGCAAAGAAAAUCACUGAAGGGCUAAUAAAGGAUAUUCUUUUCUUGGGUGAUAAGAGGGAGAGAAGAUAAAAACUGUCUUUCAGCUAGAGGAUGACACACUGCUCAUUCCAUAAGGGAAGGGCAGCACCCCCCCAAAAAAAAACAAGAGUACCCCCCUGUGAGUUCCAAGAACUCCUGUACAAUUCCCUCCAAACAGUUGUGUACAAGGUCAAACAGCUGAACAGAACAGCUAAGUAGAAGAGACAGCUUCUAUUCUUAAUACACCUUACCUUCUUUUAGGGCUAAUAAAGCCUAAAUGCAUUUAUUGCCACUUUAUGUCUGGCUGUUUUUAUUUGCAAAAAAACCUUAGGCUUUUUUUGGAGCAGGGAGGGGCUGCUUCUGUGCUCUUUGGAACUUCCCAGGCCAGGGGACUGAACCCACAUCUCAGCAACAACCUGAACUGCUACAGUGACUAUGUUGGAUCCUUAUCUUGGGCAUUUUUGAAGUGCAUCAAUACUUUUUUUGAUACUACUACUUUCUACUGAUUUGCUAAGUAAAAAUAUAGCAAGCAUGCUGAUAAUUUUUUUUCCAAGUUUGGCCAUAUACCAUGAAAUGACCAAGUGGGAUUUUUUUCUAGGAGGGUAAUGUUGGUUUAAAACUUAAGAAAUUGGCAUUCCUGCUGUGGCUCAGCAGUAACAAACCUGAUUAGUAUCCAUGAGGAUGUGGAUGUGAUCCCUGGCCUCACUCUGUGGGUUAAGAAUCCUGUGUGGCUGUGGCAUAGGCUGGCAGCUGCAGCUCUGAUUUGACCCCUAGCCUGGGAACCUCCAUAUGCUGUGGGUGCAGCCCUAAAAAGACCAAAAAAAAAAAAAACCCAAAACAAAACAAAAAAAACCCCAAAAUCAAUGUCAUAUACCAUAUUAUUAGAAUAAAGGACAAUGUUAUAGUUACCUCAAUAUAUGCCAAAUUUUUUUUCCCCAAGUCUUAAUACCUUUUUAUGAUAAAGACACUUAAACUAAAAAUAGAAGGGAAUUUCCUCAACCUCAUAAAGGUUAAAAACUCACAGUUAACAUCCUAAUUUAUAGUGAAAGACUUACAAUGAAAGCUUUUCCCCUAACAUCAAAAGGACAAGGAUGUCAUACCAUUGCCACUACCAUUGAACACUGCACUGGGGGCUCUAGUUGCAGAUUACGUGAUCUAUAUAGAAAAUUUUAAGGAAUCCACACACCAAGAAAACGAUUAUAUAGUUAAUAAAUGAAUUCAGCAGUGUUUCAGGAUCCAAAAUCUACAUACAGAAAUCAACUCUACUUCUAUAUACCGACAAAGACCGAUCCAAAAAUAAAACAAUUCUACUUGUAACAGCAUCAAGAAUACUAAUAACCUUAAUAAAAGUACCUAUUAAAAUACUGCUGAAAGAAACUGAAAACAUGAAUAACUGGAAAGACAUCGUAUUUUUUUCAUGGACUGGAGGGAUAUUAUCAAGAUUGCAGUAUUCGCCAAACUGAUGUAAAUGCAGUCCCUUAUCAAAAUCCAAGGCUGCCUUGUGUCUGUGCCCAGGCAUGGAAGUUGACAAGCUAAUUCUAAAAUUCAUAUAGAAAUGCAAGAGACUAGGAAGACCCAAAAUGGUCCUGAAAAAACAAACUUAAGACUCGUACUUUCAAAACUUCCUACUUAAGUAGCAAUAGUAAUCAAGACAAGGUGGUACUAGCAUUAAAGAAAGAUAUGGAGAUCAAUGUGAUACACUUGACAGUCUAGAAACAAACCCACACAUUUAUGGUCAACUGAUUUCUGACAGUUCAUUGGGGAAAGCAAAAUUUCUAGUAAAUGGAGCUGGGACAACUGAAUAGUCAUAUGCAAAAGAAAAAGUUAGACCUCCUACUUCAUACCAUAUUACAAACAUUACCUCAAAAUGGAUCGAAGACCUAAAUGCAGGUGCUAAAACUAUGAAAUUCUCAGAAGAAAACAGUUAUAAAUCUUCAUAACCUAGGAUUAGGCAGUGAUUUCUUAGAUAUGACACCCAAAAGCGCAAGUAACCAAAGAAAAUGUUGGGCUUCACCGAAAUGGAAAAUUUUUAUGCCUCAAAAGACAGUACCAUGAAAGUGAAUGAGAAAAUAUUUGGAAAUCAUGUAUCUGAAGGAUCUAGUACUGGAAUAUAUAAAGAACUCUUGCUGAUCAACAGAAAUAAGGCAAAUGACACAUUUGUGAAAACUAGCAAAGAAUGUGAAUACUUAUUUUUCUCCGAAGAGGGAUGAAUGGCUAAUCACCAUACGAAAAGACAUCAGCCAUCUGGGAAAUGUUAAUCUGUACCAUAAGGUACCGCUUCGUACAUAACUCAGAUGCCUGUGGCCAGAAAUAACAAGUGUUGAUAAAAGAAACUUGAUCCCUUGUACACUGCUAGUGGAAAUGUAAAAAAAAAAAAAAAAAAGGCAUAAGCACUUGGUUAGAUGGUUAGGCAUUUCCUCAAAACAUUAACCAGUUCUCAUAUGAACUAGCAUUCCUACUUCUAGAGAGAACUAUAAAUAUAUCCACACAGAAACUUGUACAUUAAUGUUCAUUAAUGAUAGUCAAAAAAGGUGGAGACCACCUAAAUGUCCCUCACUGAUGAAGGCAUAAAUAUAUUAUAGAUAUAGAUAUACAUAAAAUGGAGUAUCACUCAGCUUUAGAAAGGAAUGAAAUAUGAUAUACAAAGAUGAACCUUGAAAACAUCAAGGUAAGUGAAAGAAGCCAGACAGAAAAUGCCACAUAUGAGUCUAUUUUAUAUGAAAUGUCCAGAGUAAGCAAAUUCAGAGAAAAGCAGAUUAAGGAACACAGAAAAAUGUCAAAAUUCCACCUAUUAUUUUAAUCCCACCUGUUAGAGAAAAUGCCAAGUUUCCUCUGGUAUGUAUUAUUUUAUAUCAUUUUUCAUUGUAUUUUGAGUAUUUUCCAUGUCAUCAGCAUGGAUUGUCUGUUCUGUCUAUUGUCUGGCACCCAGGAUGCUGCCAACUCUUGAUGCUCCUAUUCUAAAUAAAUCUGCAUUUACAUUUUAAA